GUGAGCGACACGGAAGGAGAUGAGUCAGUCUACAGUCUGACAGCAGACAGAGGGGAUCAUGUGGCGGACUGCUUCACUCUCCCAUCAUCAUCAUCAUCAUCAUCAUCAUCAUCAUCAUCAUCAUCAUCAUCAUCAUCAUCAUCAUCAGUCUCCACCAGCACACAGCUGAUCCCAGCUGAGGUAGGAUGUCUUCAAACAACACCACGGAGGAGUACACCUGCGUGCGCUUCUACGUCUCCACCGUGUCCUUCUCCGUGCUGCUCCUCUUCAACCUCAUCAUCAACUGGACCAUCGUGCGCGAGCAGCGGCUGCGCAGGCACGCGCGCUUCGUGCUGGUCUUCCACCUGCUGGUGUCGGCCCUGGUSUACCUGGGCACGAGCAGCGUCUUCUACUACCAGAUUCACCUGAGCGCGCGGCCGGGCCGCUCUGCGUGCGUACUGAUGAUCACGGUGCUGAUCAGCAGCGCCUCCAACAUCCUGCUGACCCUCACCGCCAUGGCGCUGGACCGCUUCUGUGCCGUGUGCUACCCGCUGAGGUACACGUCCCUCUGCACCACCGGUUACUGGCCCUGGCUGCUGGGGGUGCUCACCUGGCUGCUGGCCCUGGCYAUUCCGCUCAGCCUGCUCCUCCAGACGGACUCCAACAACCUCCAGGAAUGUGACCGGGAUCAGCUGAAGAGAGGCGUGCUGCGGAAGGUGCUCUUCAUCAGUGUGUGCACGCUGGUCAUCCUCUACAGCUACAUCAGGAUUCUGCUGGAGGGACGGAGGCUUGGGGUUCUCAACCGACGGAACCGGGCCGGGUGCAGGACCAUCGCCCUGCAUGGAACACAGCUGGCUGUUUACCUCCUGCCCAACUUUGUGAACUUUGUCCUUACAGUUCUGUUCCAAAAUGACUUCAUUAAGCGAGAGACCAAAGAGCUGGCCGCCGUGGUCAUUUUCGCCUUCUUCAGCGUGGCGCAGUGCAUUGCGCCGGUCGUUUACGGUUUGCGUAAAGAGGAACUUCUGGAACAGCUGAAUAGCAGGUUUCCCUGCUGCUCCCGGUACUUAAAGACUGCCCUUGGGUGGACAGUAAGAGCCAACUGGCCCCACACAGAACCUGAAGGAAGGGAGCGAACACUGACUCUUCAGACAACGGUCUCGUUCGAACCCCAGCAUGAAGACGACGACGAUGAGGAGGAAACUGGGUCAUUGUCAGUCACCAGCUUCUCACAUGACUCACACUUGUCCCCAAAUAAAAGUUUGAUGGGAAACGCUGAUUGACCUUAAAAGUGACGAGACAUCUUUGACAUGCAGCRGGUCUUUCURUCCCAACAUGGAAAGGAGCUURUGAUCAUUUAGGCCAGGACGUACAYCUCCUCAGGACCUCCGCAGGUUAGAUUUUGGCCAGUAUCUGACCUUUUGUCUGGWUGAGAGCACCUGAGGAUGAACCAUCAGCCCAAUAAGUGGUCAGAUGGAUCCAGUUUUACGACUGUAGCUGGUUUGAGGAUUUACAAGAGACUCAGGUCACAAUYUUGCUCAGACAUCCUUUGUUGUUCAGGAUUACACCGACCGGCGUUGAGGACUUUUAUUCCCACUAUGGAUACUAUAAAGAGACUUUAAAGGUCUGGAGCCAAUAAUUCUGACUCAUCAAAAUCAGCAGAGGGGACUGCAGACACUCAGUCUGAGCUUCAGUCUAUAUGGAACUGCCUGGCGAGUCCAUAAUAAGACAGCUCUGAUUAAAAAAUGUGAAUGCGGGACAAAUAGAGAAGUUCUUUGCAAAACCUUAUUUAUACAACCUAACUUUGGACUGUUCCAAUUUCAGGAAAACAUUUGUCAUGUUUUUGUUAUGUCUUAAACUUUUUUUUAUCAGAAUGUUGUUCGAAUA